CAGUAGUGGAAGUAUGAAUGGAGAAGCAAGCACGUGAAUGGCUGGUCCCCUGUAAGGAUGAGGCCAUGUCUCCGUGCAAGUCCAAAACUCCAUCUGCUUCACGGGGAGGACUGCCACAGAAGCCACGGUGGAGCUGCAAGAGUGAGACUUCUUCGAACAAACAAGUACUUUCUUUCACGCCCACCUCAAUAAUAUUCAUUUUGUUUCCUUCUACUCCGAAAUUGCUCUUCAUUUCGCCUAAUUUGCCUGCUAACAUCACUGACUGUUUCGUUGCAUUACUUAAUUCUUUAAAUAAUCUUACUGAUUGCCGGCCUUCUGUCAUAUGUAAAUUAAAUACAAUAUCAUGAGUUUACUGAAUUAGUUAGCGAAUGAAGAUUCCAGCACCAGAACCAGACAAAUUGAAGAGUUCCCAAGUGAAGAAUGGCAGAUGCUGUAUCUCAAAUAACCCACUUUAAACAUUCCCAUCAACAUAACACGUACAGACUGAAGAUUAGGCCAGCCUCCAUCGAUAAUGCCAAAGCAAGAAACAAUAUCUAUACUUGUACGCAAUAACUAUACGCGCUGAAUGGACAGUCUGCAGACACUAUAUAAAUGCUGCAUUUAAUUGGGUUUCUUGUUCAUAUUAAGUUCACAUGAUGAUCAUUAUUCAUCAUGCUCUCCAAGCUUUGCAUGUGAUCAAGCGCGACACUCCUUACAGACCGUCCACUGUUCCCCUUGUGAUCCACCUACUUUUUAAGCCUUAAGUACCCUCCCUAUCUGUUUGGUAAACUCCAUUAUAUUGGGGAGUCAACUUCAACAACUCUACUCAAACAUGAAGCUUUCUUCUUUCUCUUCCAAGGUCUUGCUCUUUAUUAUUCUUGCAGGCAUUUCAUCGGCAGCUUCUUAUGAGGGACCCUUGUACGAUUUUACUGCUUACACUAAGUGUAAAGAGGUACCAGAGAAGCCACUUUAUAAUGGUGGAAUUCUCAAAGAUGAGUACCUGGAGAACUUGAAUUCAGCUGCUAAUUCUGCAACAAUUGCUUAUAGUACACCUGCUUUUAUACUGCACAAUCUCUCCGAGGGAACCAUCUACUGUUUCUCUGUUUGGAUCAAGAUUCAAGGGGUUUAUUCGACACACAUUCGGGCGAGCCUCAAGACAGAAAAUACAACAUAUAAUUGUAUUGGAACAGUUUUGGCCAAGAGUGGAUGCUGGUCAUUUCUUAAAGGUGGAUUCACUCUUGACUCUCCUUCUAACUUAUCUCUACUAUUCUUUCAGAAUGCUGACUGUGACGGGGACAUCGAUAUAGAAAUUGCUAACGCUUCGUUGCAGCCUUUUACUGAAGAGCAAUGGAGGACCAACCAGCAAUACAUAAUUAACACUGAAAGAAAACGCGCCGUGACAAUACAUGUCUCUGAUGAACAUGGAGAUAGAAUAGAAGAAGCAGCAAUCAAUAUAGAACAAGUCUCCAGGGAUUUUCCAUUUGGUUCUGCAAUAGCAAGUACUAUUCUUGGAAAUCCACCCUAUCAGAAAUGGUUUGUUGAGCGAUUCAAUGCAGCAGUGUUUGAAAAUGAAUUAAAGUGGUAUGCAACAGAACCAGAACAGGGGAAGCUAAACUACACCUUAGCAGACCAGAUGUUGGAAUUUGUUAGAGCUAAUAAAAUUAUUACCAGAGGCCAUAAUAUAUUCUGGGAAGACCCUAAAUAUACACCAGCCUGGGUUUGCAAUCUUACAGGUGACAAUCUUCAAUUAGCGGUCAACUCGCACAUACAAAGCCUAAUGAGCAGAUAUAGAGAAGAGUUCAUACAUUGGGAUGUCAGUAAUGAGAUGCUUCAUUUUGACUUCUAUGAGCAAAACCUUGGCCCCAAUGCAACCUUGCAUUUCUAUGAGACAGCACACCAAGCAGACCCUUUAGCAACCCUUUUCAUGAAUGAAUUUAAUGUAGUGGAGACUUGCAGUGAUGUGAAUUCAACAGUUGAUACUUACAUUUCAAGAUUAGAGGAACUCAGACGCUGCAGGGUGUCAAUGAAUGGCAUAGGCCUAGAGAGUCACUUUACCAUACCAAACCUGCCUCUAAUGAGAGCUAUCCUAGACAAGCUGGCCACACUAGAACUUCCCAUUUGGCUCACAGAAGUCGAUAUCAGUCGUACACUUGAUAAGCAAACACAGGCUAUUUAUCUAGAACAAGUGUUGAGAGAAGGCUUUUCACAUCCAUCCGUAAAUGGCAUAAUUCUUUGGACUGCACUGCAUGCCAAAGGGUGUUACCAAAUGUGCCUGACUGAUAAUAAUUUACAAAACCUCCCAGCUGGUGAUGUGGUGGACAAGCUCUUGAAAGAAUGGCAAACUGGGGAGGUAAAUGGUCAUUCAGAUGACCAUGGUUCAUAUAACUUUUAUGGUUUCUUAGGUGAAUACAAAGUGAGUGUUACUUAUGGUAACAGAACUGCAAAUUCUACUUUCUCACUCCGUAGAGGUGAUGAAACUAAACAUGUAGGCAUUGUAUUGUAAUUUUUAUUGGCAUUUUGUUCUUACAUAACGUUGGAGACUCAAAUAAAAAGAAAAAAAAAGAGUUUCAUAUCUAAUGAAUAGAAGUGGAUUGAUAUAUAAGUGUGUGGAUUAGACUUUAAUAUAAGUCAAUUGGUUGU